UCAAAUUGAUCAGUAUCAGUUACAUUUGCUUCGUACUACUGAAUCCACCAUGAAAGUAUUCGUUUGCUUGUUGUCUAUUGUCGCUGUUGCCUCAGCAGGACAUCUUCAUGGAGGUGGCGGUCUUGGAGGUUUAGGUGGUGGUUAUGGAGGAGGAUAUGGAGGACAUGGAGGAUAUGGUGGCAGUUAUGGGGGCGGAUAUGGAGGACAUGGUGGAUACGGUGGCGGAUUAGGUGGACUUGGCGGUGGAUUUGGAGGAGGACAUGGAGGAUACGGAGGACAUGGAUUAUCGCUUGGAGGCUAUGGAGGACAUGGAGGAUAUGGUGGCGGUGGAUACGGAGGUGGCUACGGAGGUGGAUACGGAGGUGGACAUGCCAAAGUUAUCAGUGUAGUAUCAACAGGACAUGGUCAUGGUGGAUAUGGAGGUAGCUUGGGCGGAUACGGAGGUAGCUUAGGAGGAUAUGGCGGUGGUCUUGGAGGACAUGGAGUAAGCUUGGGAGGAUAUGGCGGUAGCUUAGGAGGACACGGAGGAAGUUUGGGAGGAUAUGGCGGUAGCUUCGGAGGACACGGUGGAAGUUUGGGAGGAUAUGGAGGAAGCUUAGGAGGUCAUGGUGGAUAUGGCGGUGGUUUGGGAGGAUAUGGAGGUGGAUAUGGUGGCUACGCUUCUGGACACGGUUCAAAAUGGUGGAAAAAAUAAGUUGAAACAUUAUGUGAUAUUUUAAUGCGAUAUGUUAGUCCUUGUUAUGCCUCUGGAAUAAAUUGUUUUAUUUUAUUUA